AUGCUCUGGUUCAUGUGGCUGUUAUUUCUUUGUUUCACUCAGACUCACCCAGAUGCCAUCCACCUUAUCAAAAGGUUCGGUCUAGUCGCAGCCUCUCAGCUGCCAAUUCAUAUUCUUUUGUCGACAAAGAUGAUUGUUCCGCCGCUAGGGUUUCUGAUGCAAACUUCGAACAGAUGGAAUAUGACUAUUCACAAAAUAGGUGGAAGAAUCAUCAUCGGUUUUUUUGGUCUUCACAGUUUGGGCUACACGACUGUUUUGGUACAAAACCAAAUAUUUGGAAGCAUGGCUCAGCAACCACAGAUCGUGGCGGCUAUUCUUAGCUCGGUCACUUUCGCGAUUAUCGGUGUUACAUCCUCCAGGCCCUUUCGAUUAAGAUGGUAUUCAUUAUUUCACAAAAUCCAUUACGUUGGAUCCAUCACUGCCUUACUUUUACUCUUCUUUCACAACAACCCCAUCAAAAUGUAUAUAAUAGAGAGCUUGGUUGCCCUUUGUCUCAAAAAGAUAGCUGAAACAGCUACAACCGCGCCAAGCUCACCAUAG